UCGCCGCUGUCAAAAGUGCGUGUUGUUUACGAUUGGCCGAACGCGGCGGGUUUGCUUGGCCUUUUGGUGUGUUGUUUCCCCCGAAUACCUCGCUUGUACCAGCGCCGUUCGUGCGCGGCCAGAGCUCAAUAGAAACCGAAAGCAAUAGCCGAAACGUAGCGUUAGUUCCGAUGCGUCCAUCGAUUGGCGGCGGGCGAGUGCUGUCCCAGUGGCGAUAGUGGCAAAGGAGGUUGCAUAUUUACGCGCGCAAUCGUAUCGCACCGGAGUGUGUGUCCCGUGUUGUGCGUGUGUAAGCGGGCUCCCCUUCCAUUCCCUUCUUCUCCUUCUCGCCCAUUCGACUGUUGAGCCGGUGUCGAUGCGGUGGACAUUGCGAGGGAAAUGCAAAACACAGGCUGCGAACCAUCGGAAGCAGCACCGGCCACAGCCCCCGAGGACGAAGUGAAUGCAAAGUAUCGACAAAAGUACCGCCGGCUAAAACGGUACAUGAAGGAUUUGGUGUUUGAAAAUGCAACACUGUGCGAUCACAUAGCACAGGUGCAGGAGAAGAUAAGCCAGCGUAGUGAGGAGCGACGGUUCAUGCUGAAGAAGCUGCUGGACAUCGAGAACGAGCUGGAGACGCAGCUCGGCCGACCGUGCAGCAAGCUGAACGAGCUGAUCGCGAGCAGUUUACCACCGAAACGACAGUACAAGAAGCGGGAGAAGAAUGCCAGCGCCACCUCCACCUCCACCACCGCCAACGGGACGGCGGCGGGUGCGGCGGGCACAUCCGGGGAGCCAGGCCCGGACACACAAGAUACUCAGGGAACCGUGCCGCCCGAUGGCGUCGUGAUGCAGAACGGCAAGGACGAGGGCGGAGAGGAAAGCACCAAAUCUGGUUCGAUCGAACGGCACGGUGGCAAGAACGGCACGGCCAUCCGGGUGGGCAAAAAGCGUGGCCCACAUGCUGGAAGCAAAGCGGCCGGGGCAGCGGCAGGCACUAAGGUGCGACGGAAGGCCCGGAUGGGUGGACCGGCGGCAAAAAAGCAGCGCACGCAAAGCAUCCCCGUCGACCAGUCCGGUCACCCGUCGUACCCGGUCACGAUCGGGGACUUUACCGUGCACAGUCUCGGCGAGGUGGUGUCGGAUCGGCCCGCCUACCACACGGAGUGUACGCUCUAUCCGAUCGGCUACACGGUCACGCGACCGUACGGCCACUACAAAGAUCCGGAAAAGCGCUGCCACUAUACCUGCCGCAUAGUGGACGAUGGGGAGCGGCCCCGGUUCGAGAUCGUGCCGGAAUGUUCGGACCCGUCGGCCGUCUCGUCGUCCACCGAGGAUACCAGUGAGCCGAAGGAGGCCAGCUCCACGGCGGACACCAUCGCCGGCUCGACGACGGACGAGUGUCAUGCGGAGCUGCUGCAGCGCAUCAACACGGCGCUGAACGUGCGCUCGGUCGAUACCCGUCCGCUGGGCGAUUGGUUCUUCGGGCUGGCCCACCCGACCAUCGCGAACCUGCUGCAGAGCUUUCCGAGCGCGAAGCGGUGCACGAACUAUCGGGGCGUCGGCAAGCGGGCGGCUCGGGCCGCCGGCGACAAAGAGGACGAUCCGACGCUUAGCUACGAUGCGCUGGUGCGGCACGUAACGAUUUCGGCGUAUCGCACGGUGCCGGAGAUUAAGGAGGAACCGCCGGACGAACUGUUUGACCAUUCGGAUGGCAACUCGUUCAGCUUGUCGGUGUAGCGUAGCCCUGCCUCCCCAUGCGCGGGAUUUUUCUGUACAUAUAGGCGCAAAAGGUGGUGUAGUCGUGAGCAUAGCAUUGGGAUGAUGAUUGGGGUGGGUCUGAGAAACACUCUCUCACACACACACACAACCGGUACCUCUACGAGCACAUGUUCCCCCCCAUGCAUGUUUCGGAAAAGAAGGACACAGGAGGAAGAGAAGCAGUUCCUGGGCGACGAUAACACAAAAACAAAAACAAAUAGUCUAAAGAGCGUUUGCUCCAAACCCCUCCAAUAAUACCAAGGAAUGAAAUCAGAGUAGGCAAUAAAGGAAACCUUCUUUUCAAAGAUUGAAAACAUAAAA